CAAAGCGAUCUUAGGGCUAAGUUGAUUGUAACUCACUAAGUACGCGAUCUUAAAUUUUUGUUACGAUCGGCCGCCCGUUCCACAAAGCAAUCUUAACUAAGAGAGUUGUAAGUUAAGAUCAAAAUGCUAAGUUGCUCCGGACCAACUUAGGAUCGCUAAAAUCGAUCUUAAUAUUGUACCAUAACAACAAAAAUGGCGACUUUUAUUAUGAUGUGCAAGGAAAUGGACCGUGUCUUACACAAAGAAAGGGUUUUUAGAGACCGCACCCGCCAGCUGGAUACGUUAUCUGACGAUGAACUGUAAGCGCGAUAUCGUAUGCCACGCCACGCCCUCUUGAAACUGCUCGAAGCAGUCUCUCCGUCCAUUACACCAGCAACCCAGCGUUCACAUUCCCUCUCCCCAGAAACGAAGUUACUCCUGACUUUGAGAUAUUUAAGCAAGGGUGGUUUUUUCGUUGAGUUGGGCGACCUUCACGGGACUGUGAAGUCAAGUGUGUCCCGGGUGUUUCACCCGACUGUAGACGCCAUUUGCAACUCUAUCAAUAAUAUCUGUUUUGAUCUUGACAAUUUACGUAAUGUGAAGCACGAUUUUUAUCGACUUGCCGGAUUCCCCCGUGUCUUCGGAGCCAUAGACGGGACACUUGUGCCGAUCAGGAGGCCCCCUGCCGAUGAGGAAGCAGCAUACGUGUGCCGAAAGAGCUUCCAUGCCAUUAAUGUGCAAGCCAUUUGCGAUGCAAACUUGAGAUUUACUAAUGUUGUUACAAAAUGGCCAGGCUCAGCCCAUGAUGCAUCAAUUCUAACAAACAGCUCCAUUGGAGACCAGUUUAAUAGGAAUUGCCCUGAUGGAUUUCUUCUUGGAGACUCUGGUUAUGGAUGCAGACCAUGGCUCCUAACACCUGUACUGUACCCAAAAACAAGACAUGAAGAGCGUUACAACUCUUCACACUGCAGAACAAGAAACACCAUUGAGAGAGCAUUUGGAGUUCUAAAGUCAAGGUUCAGAUGUCUUCACAAAUCUAUGGGGUGCCUCCCAUUUUCAACCAGCAAGAACUGUAAAGUGAUCAUGGCUGCGUUCAAGUUAUCAUGGAUCAGAAAGUGCCAUUACCACAACUGCUGGAAGAAGACCAGGAAGCCCAAGUCCUCUACCAGGGCAAUGUUCAAGAUGGUUGCUCAUUGCUCAUUAUUUCUCAUGAACUGUCUCUGAUUCACAAUUCUUGAGAACAUUACAAUAAUGACAGGAACAAGUGUAUAUUCUGGAUGUUUAAUACAACUGAUAAAAACAUUUGAAUUUCAAACUGUGUGUACUUGUGCAAAUACAAUUUUGUUUCAUAAUUAAACAGAUGUUUUAUUUUAAUAUAUGAAUA